CGAGAGUGCCGAACUGCUGAGUAGCGCCAAGUAGCGCGAAGCAGCGGCGCAGCGCGAAGCGAGCAUUGGAACGCGGACGACUUGGUGUAAACGCGAAGGUGUGAAGUAUACGUUGACGAGUACCUCGUCUCUCGCGUGUGGCUUACUGCCGGUGCGAGCAAAUCGGUCGGCACGAUCGCGUACCGCCGACGCGCGUCCAGCGAGACGGUUGCCCUGCGCGCCUGUGAUAUGCCAAUAAUUAGUGUUUACGGUCCCGCGAAUGGAGGUCCUGCGGUCUUAGAGACAACCGACGCCAAGCAGCAAGCGACGCACUCCUGGACGCCGAAGCGCGAUCACUGAAGAUAUUUAAAAGUACCUUGUAUCAAAAUGAAUACAGCCAUGGAAAAUGGGGCUGGCAACGGGAAGCCAGCUACCAAGCAGAAAACCAUUGAAGGUAUCUAUCAAAAGAAAUCACAGUUGGAACACAUUCUGCUGCGUCCAGAUACCUACAUCGGAUCUGUAGAGCCACUAACAGAAAUGAUGUGGGUCUUUGACAAAGAGAAGGAAAUGAUGGUACAGAAGGAAAUAAGAUACGUUCCUGGAUUAUAUAAGAUUUUUGAUGAGAUCCUGGUAAAUGCUGCCGAUAAUAAACAACGUGAUUCUAAGAUGGAUAUGAUCAAGAUUGACAUUGACUCGGAAAAUAACACCAUUUCUGUAUGGAACAACGGCAAAGGCAUUCCUGUAGUGAUACACAAAGACGAGAACAUGUAUGUACCUACCAUGAUAUUUGGCCACCUUCUGACAUCAUCAAAUUAUGAUGACGAAGAAGAGAAAGUGACCGGUGGUAGGAAUGGUUACGGUGCCAAGCUAUGUAACAUUUUUAGUCAUCGUUUUACUGUCGAGACUGCAACAAAGGAAUACAAGAAAUGCUUAAAACAAACGUGGGGCAAUAAUAUGGGAAAAGCUAGCGAGCCUAGAAUUAAGGACUAUUACGGAGAGGAUUUCACAAAAGUCACAUUUUCGCCGGACUUGACAAAGUUCAAGAUGCAAUCUCUCGAUGACGAUAUUGUAUCACUAAUGUCUCGAAGAGCAUAUGAUGUAGCUGCCUCCUCGAAGGGCGUCAAGGUUUAUCUGAAUGGGAGCCGUAUACCAGUAAAGAAUUUUAAAGAUUAUGUUGAUUUUUACAUCAAAGGAAAAGAAGACGAUGUCGGUAACCCACUGAAAGUUGUGUAUGAGAAUUGUGGUCCACGCUGGGAAGUGGCUCUUACUUUAUCUGAUAAAGGAUUUCAACAAAUGUCCUUUGUAAAUAGUAUCGCAACAACAAAGGGUGGUAGACACAUUGAUCAUGUGACAGACAUGAUAGUCAAGCAAUUGAUUGAAACGUUAAAGAAGAAGAAUAAAGCUGGUGUUGCCAUUAAGCCGUUUCAAAUCAAGAAUCACUUGUGGAUCUUCGUUAACUGUCUCAUCAACAAUCCCACCUUUGACUCGCAAACUAAGGAGAAUAUGACUCUGCAGCCAAAGAGCUUUGGCUCUAAAUGCACACUAACUGAUAAGUUUAUCACCUCAAUCGCCAAAAUUGGUGUUGUGGAAGCAGUGUUAUCCUGGGCGAAGUUUAAAGCUGACAGUCAGCUUGAAAAAUUAGGUCCCAAAUCGAAGCAAAGAAAACUUCACGGUAUACCCAAGUUAGAGGAUGCCAAUGAUGCAGGAACUGCAAAAUCACUGGAAUGCACACUCAUAUUGACUGAGGGAGACUCAGCCAAAACAAUGGCUGUGUCCGGUAUCGCUUCCAUAGGCAGAGAUAAAUAUGGCAUAUUUCCAUUGAGAGGUAAAAUGUUAAACGUACGGGAGGCUACCCAUAAGCAGAUUUUGGAAAACGCCGAAAUCAACAAUUUGAUAAAAAUUCUUGGUCUUCAAUAUAAAAAGAAAUACGAAACUCGAGACGAUUUGAAAACGUUGCGCUAUGGAAAAAUGAUGAUCAUGACUGAUCAAGAUCAGGAUGGUUCACAUAUCAAAGGUCUGUUGAUCAAUUUUAUCCAUCAUAACUGGCCGUCAUUAUUAAAGUUGAACUUCAUUGAAGAAUUUAUUACACCUAUCGUGAAGGCCACUAAGGGCAAUCAAGUUUUGUCUUUCUUCUCUCUGCCGGAAUUUGAAGAUUGGAAGAAGGAAACAGAAAACUUUCACACGUAUAAAAUCAAAUACUACAAAGGUUUGGGUACUUCGACCGCCAAGGAGGCGAAGGAGUACUUCGAAAACAUGGCCAGACACAGAAUACGCUUCCAAUACCAGGGCGAUCAGGAUGAUCAGAACAUCAUCAUGGCGUUUAGCAAGAAAUGUGUCGACCAACGUAAAGAUUGGUUAAUGAACCACAUGAAUGAAACAAAGAGGCGAAAGGAGAUUGGCCUAGGCGAGCGUUAUCUCUAUGAGAAGAACACGCACACUGUAACUUUCUCAGACUUCAUCAACGUCGAACUGGUACUGUACAGCAAUUAUGAUAAUGUAAGAUCCAUUCCAAACAUGAUGGACGGCUUUAAGCCGGGUCAGAGAAAAGUAUUGUUCACCUGUUUGAAACGCAAUGACAAACGUGAGGUGAAAGUCGCGCAAUUAGCGGGAUCGGUCGCCGAACAUUCGGCUUAUCAUCAUGGUGAGACAUCCCUAAUGGCGACCAUAAUUAAUCUCGCGCAGAAUUUUGUGGGCAGCAACAACAUUAAUCUGCUGCAACCCAUUGGUCAAUUCGGUACAAGACUUGCUGGCGGAAAGGAUGCUGCUAGUCCGAGAUAUAUUUUCACAAUGCUCAGUCCUUUGGCAAGGUAUAUAUUCCAUAAACAUGAUGAUCCUCUACUGAAACACGAGUACGACGACAAUCAAAGAAUCGAACCUGUCUAUUACAUACCUGUGAUUCCUAUGAUAUUAGUAAACGGUGCUGAUGGUAUCGGUACUGGAUGGAUGACGAAAAUACCAAACUAUAAUCCUCGAGAGAUAAUCGAGAAUAUACAUAGGAUGAUGGAUGGUGCGGACCCAAAACCAAUGAUACCGUAUUAUAAAAAUUUCAAAGGCGUCGUAGAAAGCUGCGGGGAUUACCGUUAUGUUAUAAGCGGAGAAAUAUCAAUAAUUGGACCUGAUAAGGUGGAGAUCACUGAACUUCCUAUUGGUACGUGGACGCAAGCUUACAAGGAAACUGUGCUAGAACCUAUGUUACAUGGAACUGAUAAAACUCCAGCUAUCAUUACGGAUUACAAAGAGUACAACACAGAUACUGCGGUACACUUCAUAGUAAUGAUGAACCGUGACAAAUUAGUGGAGUUAGAAAAAGAUGGUCUUCACAAAGUAUUUAAACUUCAGACAACUACGAGUAUAACAUCUAUGUGUGCAUUUGAUGAGAAUCAAUGCUUGAACAAGUACGACAGUGUAGUACAGAUAUUGAAAGUAUUUUAUAAAGUACGAUUGGAGGCAUAUCACAAGAGGAAAAAUUACCUGGAAGGAGCUUUGCAAGCGGAAGCGGAGAAGUUGACAAAUCAGGCGCGCUUCAUCCUCGAAAAAUGCGACGGCACUCUAGUGAUAGAGAACAAGAAAAAGAAGGAUAUGAUUGCGGAAUUAGUCAGAAGCAAAUAUGAUUCGGAUCCGUUGGUAGCUUGGAAACUAUCGCAGGAUAGAGAGCAAGUACUGGAGGAUCAAGAAGAAGCUGUAGAAAACGAUGAAGAGGCUGCUCCAACCGCAAACGCGAUAGAGAAGGAAAACUUCGAUUACCUUCUCGGAAUGACGAUGUGGAGCUUGACGAAGGAAAAGAAGGAUGAUUUGUUGCGUCAGCGGGACGAGAAGAUAGCGGAGCUGAAGAGAUUGCAAGCUCGCACGCCGAUGUCUUUAUGGAAGGAGGAUCUGGACAAUCUGUUAGCCGAAUUAAAUAAACUCGAAGAAAAGGAGCAGAAGGAACAGAAAAAAACGAAACAAUCUGAGAAAAAACCGCCCUCGAGAUUUUACAAGAUGGAAGACACUCGUCGCAUACUUCCUGUCAUCGACGUUGAACUGAAGAAAAAGAUUGAGAAGGCCGACAUUGUAUCGAAGGAUAAGAAAGAAGGCAUAAAAAAACCGAAAGUAAAGAAAGAGCAAAUCAUGGAGGAGAAAGAUGAAUUCGAUACGUUUGUCGAUUCUAGUAAACCUCUCGAAUGUAGACUUGGAAAUUCUCCUGAAAAAAUGGAGAAAAAAGUUACAAAGAAGGGAUUGAAGCAAACUACGUUACAAUUUAAGCCGAUCAAGAAAGGAACCAAAAAGAAGGAUAAGGAUUCGGACGAUAGCGAUGACAUUGAUUUCGGUAGCAUUUCGCCACCUCCGCAACCACGAUCAUCUCGUAGAUCCGCAGCCAAGAAGAAAUACAAUAUGAGCAGCGAGGAUUCGGAUGACAGUCUCGAAAUGUUUAAUCCAUCUUCUGAUUCGGAACAAAUAUGCAAGAAGAAAGAGUCCAUUGUAGCGCUAAGUGAUUCCGAUGACAACAUUAAACCGAGCAAGAAACUGCCUCAACCGACACCGACUUCAGAAGAACUUUUCGAUUCAUUAGUCGGCAAUUCUCCUGAGAAACAAUCUUCAUCUGAGAAGAAACCUGUAAUAUCCUCAUCCGGGGAAGAUUCGCCUAUAAAGUUUACGCCGCCUAAAAAGGCACCUACCAAGAAGAAGACUGAGAACGGUGGUAACAAAGGAGUAAAAAGACAAUUAAAGAAGAAAUCAAAAUCAUCUGAUGACUCUGACACGGAUGAUAUAUUUACCACUAAACAAAGUCAUACGAAGAAGAAAAAGAAGAAAUCAGAUUCUGACGAAGAGAUGACAACGGAUGAUUCGCCGUUACCACCGCCCCGGAAGGUUGCCGGUAGAGUUCGGAAGCCUGUAUCUUACGCAUUAAAGUCAGACGACAGCGAUGAUUCUGAUUGAACGUCGUCAUACACUUUGAAAAAUGCCAGAGACGACGUAGUUGACUGAAGUAGUUUAGAGUGUGAAUUUGGAGGCAAGACGAAACUCAUGGAUCGUUGUGAAGAGACGUGGCACAAUUUUAUUUGGAAAAUUUCGGAGAUUUCGUCCCCACCGAUUGUUGGUCGUGACAUUAGUAAUAAUUUUAUAUGGGGUGCUUCGUACAGAAUCUGCAGGAAUAUGGAAUGCGUUUCUCCAAUAGUUUUGAAAGUGGAAAUAAUUUGGAAUAAAAAUUUGUAUUUUUGCUUA